UCCUCUGAUGGCUCACAGUUUCAUUCUAACCCAGUAAUUUAUUAUUCUAACUUUUUCCAUCAUUUUUUUAUGCAGAGAUAAAGUCCUGCUGCUCUGCUCAGGAAGGCGCUCUGUUAGGACUAACACCAUGGGGGGAUUAGAUGCGCUCCGGCAGUUCACUUUCAUCAAGUGGCUCAGAGAGGAGCGACAGUCCAGGAAACUGAUUCUCUUCAUUGUUUUUGUCGCUUUACUCCUGGAUAACAUGUUGCUGACAGUGGUCGUUCCCAUCAUUCCCAGCUACCUGUACAACCUGGAUGAGUCAACGGAUGUGGAGAUAAGGAACAACAGCUUGUCGCCACAGGCUGCCUCCGGGUCUUUCAACACUAUUGUGUCUUUGUAUGACAACACUGUCAGGUUGUCAGGCUCCAACUCUACUGUCAGUACCACUGACCUGGAUCCUCCCACCUCUGUCAGUGCACAGCUUCCACAGAAUUCAACUGACUGCCCCCAGUCCACCAGUAAGCUGCUCAAUGAAAAUGUCAAAGUAGGAAUGUUGUUUGCUUCCAAGGCCACCGUACAGCUGCUUACCAACCCCUUCAUCGGCCCACUAACAAACAGAAUUGGAUACCAACUUCCUAUAUUUAUUGGCUUCUGUAUUAUGUUCCUGUCUACUAUCAUGUUUGCCUUUUCAUCCAGCUACACUUUGCUGUUUCUGGCCCGAUCGCUUCAAGGUGUUGGCUCCUCUUGCUCAUCAGUGGCUGGCAUGGGAAUGCUGGCUAGCGUGUACACAGACGAUGAGGAGAGAGGUCAUGCCAUCGGGAUCGCCUUAGGAGGUCUGGCAAUGGGAGUGUUAGUUGGACCCCCGUUCGGCAGUGUGAUGUAUGAUUUUGUUGGAAAAACAGCUCCUUUCCUUGUUCUAGCAUUCCUGGCAGUCUUUGAUGGAGCUCUGCAGCUCUUCAUUCUCCAGCCUACCAAGGUGGAACCCGAGAGUCAGAAGGGAACCCCACUGUUCACACUCAUGAAAGAUCCGUAUAUUCUAAUAGCAGCUGGUGCAAUCUGUUUUGGAAAUAUGGCUAUUGCCAUGAUGGAGCCAACACUGCCAAUCUGGAUGAUGGAGACUAUGUGUGCCAGGAAAUGGCAACUAGGCGUCGCUUUCUUACCAGCAUCCAUCUCCUACCUUAUUGGAACCAACAUCUUUGGCUCACUGGCACACAAGAUGGGAAGAUGGCUUUGUGCUCUCAUUGGAAUGGUGGUGGUUGGCUUCAGUGUUAUAUGUGUGCCAUUUGCCAGAGAUAUCUAUGGUCUUAUUCUUCCAAACUUUGGUGUUGGUUUUGCAAUUGGCAUGGUGGACUCUUCUAUGAUGCCAAUAAUGGGUUACUUGGUGGACCUGCGGCACGUGUCUGUUUAUGGAAGUGUGUACGCCAUCGCUGAUGUGGCCUUCUGCAUGGGAUUUGCCUUAGGUCCGUCCAUUGGAGGAUCCAUAGCUGAGAGCAUUGGCUUUUCUUGGCUGAUGACCAUCAUUGGAGUAGUGGAUAUUUUAUUCGCUCCUCUCUGUUUCUUUCUAAGGAAUCCACCUGGACAGGAAGAGAAAAUUGCAAUCUUGAUGGACACAAACUGCUCAAUGAAGACAAGGUCCUACUCCACGCAGGGAACGCACUACCAGGGAGAAAGCAUGGAUCCAGAAUAUGAUGAUUAUGAUUAACAAGACAACCCAUGUAGUUUAACCCCUCAGAUGAUAUAUUUUGUUGUACAAAAAAGGUAUCUGGGGAAUAUAACACGAUGAAGCUACACAGCCAAGAUAUUCCCAUGUCAUUGUCCUGCAUUUGGUUGUCACUGUUCAAUGUUAUCUUCACUGUUGUACUGGAGAAAACCAAAGUUGUUCUUAAUAUGCGCAUUUUGUGAGAAGUGGUUUUAGAAAACAGCCUUAUUCAGUGAUAGGUCAAGUCAAGUCAAGUUUAUUUAUAUAGUGCUUUUCAGCAACAAGGCACUCAAGGUGCUGUACAUUGUGAGAAAAUGUGUCAAAAAGCACUUUCAGACAGUAAGGGCAACAAGGAGGAUUUCUUUGUUGGUUUAUCUGUUAAAAUUAAUGGUUUGACCUUUAAGUUUUAUGUGUGUCAACAUUACUAUCUAGAAAAUAUUAUCAGAAUUUAAUGUUUAGGUUGUUGUUAUAACUGCUAAGUAUGUGGUAUGUCAGUAAGGGUAAGAGAUAGUUAUUAAAUUUAUUUAAAAAUCAUGUGGAUUUAGCUGUUAUUGAUAAACUACAAGGGAACAGCUGUAGUAUCAUAAGUAAUUAAGUAUUCGAACCAAUAAUAUUGGAUGCUUUGAUUUUCAUUUGGCUAUAUACUUCUUUAAUGUCAGAAAAUGUGACUGACCCAUAAAAAAUAGAUAAAAAAAUUUAUUUAAAAAUGCAUUAAAUGGAGGAUAGCUGUCAUAAGCAUACAAACUUAAUGAAAAGCUGCUACAUUUUAAGUGCAGGAUUUGUAUGAUGUAUUCUAGGCUAAAACAAGAAAGCUUCUUUUGUUUUACUUUUUUGUGUUUAUACUUUCCAAUUUUAGAUAUUUCACAGAUGAACAGUUAAGAAAAUGAUUUGCUGUCCAGUUUUUGAAGAAGCAUAUCGAAUAAGGGUGUAAUGUUUUUUUCAGCUUGUUAGAUGAGACAAUACACUGUACUGGGUUAGGAUAAUGAGAUAAAAUUUAAUAUUUUUUGGGAAACUAUUAAUUCCAUUUGUUUGUUUUCACAAAUAAAGGUUUUACGAAUUAA